AUGAUCUUAUGGGAUUUGCGAGGUGGCUCUUAUGUGGCCAAGUAUCGACAAAGACUUCAAUCUCAUACGGAUUCCAUCAAUCUCUUCCUCAAUACUUUGACCUGGUCUGCAACUGAUCGAAUUGGAGAUUAUGUUGAGUAUCAUGCAAGAAGGCUAGAUGAACUUGUACAUCAGGCCCGUCAGUUCAGCAUGACUGCACAGUCUUCCGUGCCAGCUUUGCAGCCCAUUGUAGCAUAUGUCCCGAAUCACCGUGAGCUUGCUUCCACUAGUCCAGCCCAGCAGGCAAAUCCUGGUGCCUUCUUGGACAACCAGACCCUGAUAUAG